UUUUGUUUUUGAUCGAGCGUAAUUGGUCGUGUGAUUCAUAUAGCCUACUUCACUUAGUGUGAAGAGACUCAUCUUGAUUCUCUAUUCACAUUUGUAGGCAAGCAUGAUGAUUUUUUUUUUUGGACAAGCAAGCAUGAUGAUUGUGAUUGCCUAUUCACAUUUGUAGGCAAGCUUUCCUGUUGAUAUUUGAAUUUCUGUACUUUGUUUUUUUCAGAGAAAAUGGGUUUGUGGACUGGGCUAUGGACUUGCUUUCAAGUUGGGCUGCUCUUUGCAAAUGCGUUUGCAAUACCUAAUGAGGAUCGGUUCCUUGCUCCAAGAGGAUGGACAUGGGCAGAAAUGACAGGCCCUUGGAGUAAUUCUCUUCAACGAUGGGUUAUGAGGGUCAUAUAUUGCUGUCAAUGUUUAAGACUUCCCCUUAUUCUUCUCAAUAUUAUCACUAUUAUAGUGAAACUAGUAGUUGGAUAACUUGAAUUAUUGAAUAGAAUGACACUGGAGAUCUUUAUUUUGUUGUGUAAAUGUGAGUUUAUGCUCAGUGAAUAAUUGUUGACUAUCCGGUAAAAAUCAUUUCAGAAGUAUAAUGAGCAGAAUUCAUAAGCUUGCAUUCUUAUAUGCAUUAUCAUCAGUUGAACUCCCUUUGUAUUAGCAUCUUCUCUUGGUUUAUUAGCCUUGAGGUAAAUGAAAUUCCAAUCAUGAAGUGAAAGAACAUGACACAUAACCUGUAUUUUUUAUCAUCCCCUCAUAAACCUGAACUCCAAGCACAUG